AUGGUUACUUCACUGGGUUUGAUGGACAUGAUGUCAUUCUGGGAGGUUCAAGUCUAUGCCAUAGCUGAAUGGCUGAUGCAUUGCAGGGAAUUCGCCCAACUUCCUCUUGAACAAAAGGUGGUGAUGUUCAAGACUUCUUGGAUGAUGUGGCGACGCUUUGAACGAAUCACAAUGUCGGCGGAGUUGUUCGGAUGGAAGGCGCUACACGAGAAAAUGUAUUCCCUAACGGAUCAAGUUGCGAUCAAACUCGAUUCGGUUAAUUUCGACGUCUCCAUGUUAACAGACUAUGAUCCAGACUACAUAUACAGGAUGCUUCAACCAUUUUCUGGUCGCCUACUGGACGAGGUUACCAGGUCUUGUCUGGAAAUCUCCCUUUAUCCGAUCGAGAUUGUCUACGUCUUGUGCUCCUUGGCAUGGCACGUUGAAGGUAAACCCGUGAGUCGAGAGACACAAUCGGUGGCGGAGACUUAUCGAGAACAGAUCUCUGACGAACUGCACAAUUAUUAUACUCAUGUCACAAAAACUCCUAAUUAUGCUGGUCGCCUUAUAAAAAUCAUGUCUUUGGUACACUGUAUUGAGAAUAUUCAUUACGAAAAAUCAAAGGUGAUGGAACUGGCAAAAAUAUUCGACGUAUUCAAAAUUGAACUCUCAGAAAAAGGGCUAUUUGACUGCUGA